UGUGGUCGCCAAGGAGUACGAUUCCAGGUCCUCCUCCAACAUGUCUCCAUCAGACUUUCUGGACUCCUUAAUGGGUCGCACGUCUGGGUACGAUGCACGAAUUAGACCCAAUUUCAAAGGUUUGUUCGCAAUCAAAUGAGUCUCCACGCGCACACACAUUUCACUUCCCACAUUUUGAGAACUAUAAAUAGCCACAGAAAUGCCACUGUUACUGUAAACACUAAUCUUUUUAACCAGUGUGCUGGAUGCUAUCUGUUGCCAAGGAACUGGGCUUCAAGCAACUCGGAGGCAACAAUCAAUCACUUCAAUUAACAGUAACAGGGGGGACCCUGCUUAGAUUUAAUCACAGUCCACACUGUGCCACUCAAUGAUGGUUUUCUUAUCUGAAAGCUGUCUAAAAUUCAAUAUCCACCUUUAUUAAAUGUGAGAUCAGAAUCAGGAGCUGGAAAUAUCCCAGCAACACAGAAAUAAGAGACGUUCUCACUUCAGACAGGGAUCGCACCAUUACAGGAUAGACGAUUGAUGGUGCCCCAGUGGCUAGACUGCAGGCUAUGCAGACUUCCUCUGCUGUUGUUGUUGCUUUGAUGCUGAGGACACACACAGCUUCUGUCAUUGGAAUGGUUUUGAAUGAGCAAAGGUUUCAUUUAUGGGGGCUAAGGUUCACUCUUAGCUUCUGGGGUCACCUGGGAUGUUGCUUGUUACAGUCCAUGAACUCCAGUAGGUAAAGCAGCUUCAUAAUACAGGAAGAGAGAAAGCACAACAAUCCAUUGUCUAUACUUCCGUUUUCUUGCAAGGUCACAGGGGACUGGUGUUUAUCUCCAGCAGUCACUGCUGGGCAAGAGAUAGUGUAAAAUCUAGACAGGUCACCAGUCCAUCACAGGGUCACAACAAUAUAGUACCUCCCAUUGUUCUUGGAAUUUUUACGUCACAGACAAACAUAUAGUAGCAGAUUAUUGAGGUGGAACUAAAAUCAUACAAUCCACAUAGCGUGGGCCUCAUUUAAAAAAAAAUAAUUUUCUUUUAAUCCAAUACCACUUAAUACAAUUCAGUUCAACCAACUAUCUAUAGUAAAUAGAGUCCACCUGCAUAUAAUUUAAUCUCAGCAUGGAUGCAGCUGUUUUGUGAAGACCUCAGAGGUUACGCAGAGAACAUUUGUGAGCAACCAUAAUGAAGAACAAGGAAUAUAUCCGACUGCUCAAGGAUUAAGCUGUAAAGAAGUUUUACAGCUGCAAGCUUUAAAAGUUACAAUGAAAUAGUUUAAAUAAAAGCUUAUUAAUAUCACUACUCAAAGGCCAGACUUACUUCCAAUAGAGAAUCUCUGUUACGACUUAAAAUUUGUUGAAAACACCAUCCAACGGAGCCUUAGCUACUGUGCUCUAAAUAUGGUGGAAAUAUGUUCAGUAUUUAGAUGCACAGAUCUGUUGGUGGUAUAACAGAACAUGUACUGUUGUAAAUGCAGUGAAAGUUAGUCUUGCCAAGUAAUAAGUCAGGUUAGCUAAGCACUUACUAAAUGAUUUCACUUUUCAGAUUUUUUUUCUUUUUUGCUUUUCUUCUUGACUAUUAUCCACUACAUUGUGUUUGUGUGUGACAGAAACUCUGAAUAAAAAGCAUCAGUUUUUAACUGGAAAAACAUGAAAGAAGGUAUGAAUAUUUAAUUCCUGUAUGCCAUAUACUCCUUGUCCGUUAGAGAAAUCUGGUAAAUGUCAAGAUUUCUGUGACGCAUAUUAUAUUUUUAGGUUGUAUUGAUACAUAAAACAUCGAUUUUGCUGAUUUAACCUGGUGGUUUUAAUGCUAGAAGAUGAAUGGAAGUGAGAGCAGGGAUCUCUCUCUGUAUUAAACAGAUAGAGCUUCACAUGCUACAGUCAGAAAACAAACGAAUCCACAUUAAGAGGCUGUGCUGUAAACAGUUAGUUUUUGCUCAUGAACCUGCUAGAUGUACUUUGAAGAGUGUCGAACUGUGUUUCUAAAAGGGCUGACCUAGAUUUCCAUGCCGAGUUUGUUAUGAGGAGCUGCUGCCAGUUACCUCUUUUUGCUGUAAAAAUGUGGAAACUUGACAACAAACAGAGGCAAAUAUUAAUACAGAGAGCCAUGAAAUAUUGAUGUGGAAAACACAGGGGAAAGGCUGUAGGAAGAGCUCACAACUUCACUUAUCAGCUUGGGGAGAAAGAUUUGCUGUGACUCAAAAUGCAAGUCUUGCAAAGAUAUUUUAGUUUAGAGAGCUGUAGAGAAAAUCUACCUUCACUAUUGGAGUACAUAAGAUAGAUUUCCAUAUUCUGUUAAAAAUAAAAUGUUUAUUUGAUGGUUCAGAAUUUAAGCAUGACCUUUCACUAUCAAAUAUAUUUGCUUUAUUAAUUUAUUACAAGUGAGCUUUGUAAUGUGAUUUGGACAUUCUUGAUGUUUUUUUUUCCUGAUCAUAACCAUCUUAUAUUUACAGCACCAAUGAGUAGCUCAAGUAUUCACUCCUCUUGCAAUUUCUUUUUUAUGCUAUAACCACAUACUAAAUACAAUUUAUCUGGAUGUAACUUGACAACAUGUUGGAAAGAAAACUAGAAAACUAAAUUUGUUACAGAUAUCUAAAAAAAAAAAAAAAUCUGGUGUGUAUUCUUAUUAAGGCCCCUUCCCUCUGUUACAAAUACGCAGUAUAACAUACUCUACAUUCAAUUGCCUUCAGAGGUCACCUUAUCAGCAAACAGAGUCCACCUGUUUGCAUUUUCAUCUCCGCAUGUUGGACAAGCCCAACAAGUGUAGCAUUAUUCAGAGAAGCAGCCAUGUGAUCCACUGUAAUUGUGGAGGAGCUGCAGAGAUCCACAGGGCAGCUGCUAAUCAUGCCCUCAGCAAAUCUGGGCCUGGUGGAGGAGAGGCAAGAAGAAAUUCAUUGCUUAAAGAAAGUCCUUAGAAGUCGCUUUGAAGUUUUUUGCAAGACAAUAAAGUGGUCAAAGCAAACGUUUGCAAGAGGGUUUGCUUGUGAGAUGAGACCAACACUGAACUCUGUGGCCUACAUGUAUGAUACAAGUAAGUGUGAUACAAAACUGCCUCUGCACACCACUUCAAAGAGGCAGUAUUGUGUUUUCAUAGAAAGAUUCAUUGGACAACCAUGAAUCAAUUUCCUUUUACUUCAGAGCUAUGUAUUGGUCCAUUACAUAAAAUCCCAACAAAAUACAUUGAUGUUUGUGGUUAUAAUGUGACAAAAUGUGUUAAGGGUGUGAAUACUUCUGCAAGCCUCUGUAUUAUAAGAACAGCUUCUUUUUCAUGUCUGUGGAAAUAUUGCUGAUCAAAUAAUUCACUCCUCAGCUGACACACCACUUUGUGUGUUUGCAUGUCUUUGACUCUGUGUGCAUGAAUCCUCUAUUCAAUGUGUUACCGACAAAUUACCUCUAAAGGAUUACCUCCAUUAGACAUCAUUUCAAACAUCAUUAAGCCAAUGCUAAUAACCAGUCAUAAUGUUAAGUUUCAUUUUAAUUGUUCUUGUCAAACACUGAGCCCAAAAAGCAGAUGUAGUUUCACAUACAACUUGCCACCACCUAGAUAACAUACAGAAGACUGCUUGUUGUAUUGAUGCAUGUUUGAAUACACAGCAAAGCAGCAGCCCGAAAUUCACUCUCACCUCAAAGGCCCUGCUUAAACAUGUGUUUCAAGGCUUUGUUUCCCCCUGUCAUGUCAUUGUCAUUCCAUUUCACAGGUCCUCCUGUAAACGUUACAUGCAAUAUUUUUAUCAACAGCUUCGGCUCUGUCACAGAGACAACGAUGGUCCACCAGUUAAUGUUACCUGCAACAUAUUUAUCAACAGCUUUGGUUCAAUAGCAGAAACUACUAUGGAUUACAGAGUGAACAUCUUCCUGCGGCAGAAGUGGAAUGACCCUCGGCUGGCGUAUAGUAAAUACCCAGACUCCUCGCUCGACCUGGACCCUUCCAUGCUGGACUCCAUAUGGAAGCCAGAUCUUUUCUUUGCCAACGAGAAGGGGGCCAACUUCCACGACGUCACCACAGACAACAAGCUGCUGCGCAUCUUCAAGAAUGGAACUGUGCUUUAUAGUAUCAGGUUGACUCUCAUUCUGUCCUGUCCGAUGGAUCUGAAAAACUUUCCGAUGGAUGUUCAAACUUGUACGAUGCAGCUGGAAAGUUUUGGCUACACCAUGAAUGACCUGAUUUUUGAGUGGCUGGAGAACGGCGCGGUGCAGGUGUCAGAAGGACUCACCCUGCCUCAGUUCAUAAUGAAGGAGGAGAAAGAGCUGGGCUACUGCACUAAGCAUUACAACACUGGUAAAUUCACCUGCAUCGAAGUUAAAUUUCACCUGGAAAGACAGAUGGGCUACUACCUGAUCCAGAUGUACAUUCCUUCACUUCUCAUUGUCAUCCUCUCAUGGGUGUCUUUUUGGAUAAAUAUGGAUGCUGCUCCUGCAAGAGUGGCAUUGGGCAUCACCACUGUGCUUACGAUGACCACUCAAAGCUCUGGCUCUCGAGCUUCUCUUCCAAAGGUCUCGUACGUGAAAGCCAUUGAUAUCUGGAUGGCUAUGUGUCUGCUCUUUGUAUUUGCUGCAUUGCUAGAAUAUGCUGGGGUAAAUUUUGUCUCCAGGCAACAGAAAGAGUUCCUCCGCCUGAGGCGAAGACAAAGAAAGAAUCACAAGGAGGACGAAGGCCGCUUUAAUUUAACUGGGUACAACAUGAGUCAGUGCAUGCCAACAAAGGAUGGCUCGGCUGUUAAGAAUGCAGUUCCUGCCAUGAACCCCCAGCCUUCAACUCCAAAGGACAUAGAUGCUAUGAGGAAAAAGUUUGUGGACAGAGCCAAGCGGAUAGACACGAUCUCCAGGGCGGCCUUCCCGCUGGCCUUUCUGAUCUUCAACGUCUUCUACUGGAUCACAUAUAAGAUCAUCCGACACGAAGACGUUCACAAACAGAAAUGACUUAACCCUCUGCUGAUAACGUUUUAUCUUUCCAUUUCUCAAAUUGAGAAAUGCUCGGGAAACUGUGUGCCGAGAGGCUCCAUGGAGCCGAUGGAGAUGCUUUUUCAGGGAUAAUGUACAAUGUUCAUGUGUUAUAAAGAUCAAAUGCUAUUGUAUCUGGUGAGGUGAAGGUUCUUGAGAAAAAGUUGCUGUUUGUUUUGUACUGCUGCGUAAUAUCUGAGGAAGACUUAAUAUGCUGUUGGAGAAGAUGGACCAAAACGCCCCUUGAAUCGCCCAGCCCUGGCAUCUCUACAACAAAGGAAACAUUCCACAGGUCUGUGACUGUAGCUAGCUUAGAUCUUCAAAGACUCUUUUGAUGCAAAAUUUCUUAUCGAGGAUGUUCAAACUGUUUUAUAGUGUAGUAUUGUUUUUGGCACUUCUUCCUCUCUGUCUAAAAUAAGUUCUAAGCAAGCAGAGCAUGUAUAGAUGUAUUAAAUAUUAAAGAGCUGCACAUGUCUCAGGUACGGCUGCGAAGGAAGGAGAUGGAAAUCUGGGAAAGGAGUCUGGAGAAUCCAGUUUUAUGAAAUACCUGAAGCCUUAGAUAUUUGAUUUGGUUUGGAUGAAGUGCUAUGCUCUUGUAUUUUUUCACGCUUCUAUCUAACAAGUAUUCACGGAUAACUGAUGUCACACAAAGUUGUGAAUUUUGUUCACGUGUUUUAAUUUCUGCCUCCCAUUUUUGAAGUGAUUUAUAAGUUGUCACAGGCUGACUUUUAAACAAAUGUAUAACUGGGAAAACAAACUCUGAUUGUACGUUAUUCUGUGUUGUCAUAUGCAUAUUUACUUAUACCCCAGGUAAUUACUCCAGGUAUAUUUCGUACUCUGUUUUGUAGAUUUAGCUUAAUGAAAUAUUUAUUGUAAUGACUCAAAGGUUAUGUUUAUAAAAUUGAUAUCUUUGUGUAAACCUAUUCACCUUCCACUGCAGACUAUUUCCUUCACUUUGGGUAUUCAUGGAUGCAAUCAGCAGUGAAGAAUAAGUCUUCAUUCAACAUUCAUAGUACAGAGCAGCUAAUGGCAAUUGCACUCCUGGGAAAUAUCUUUUCUUAAAUGCUAUUCAUGAAGAAAGAUUAUUUACUGGCUUGUAUAUCAAUAAAACUGACUGUGCAUCAUGUUUUUCUUAUCCU